AGCCCUAAACCCAGCAGCUAACAGCUGAGUCCCUUCUUCCCCUGUUUCCCGGGCUUCCAGCAGGUCAGAAUAGCACCUCCUCCGCAUCCUCCAAUCGUCGCCACCUCCGACCACCUGCUCCGGAAGAGCCACACCUGUGGUUCCUUGAAUCCUAUCUGAGACCUUCGUUCUAUUUUCUCUCAUAAUCUCCAAUUUCCAGAAUUGUAAAUUUGAAUGAAUUAAUGGCUGGCUUCAUUAGAACGCUUCAAAGAGCGCAUAUUUGGAAAUGGAACUGUCCUUCAUCUUCUUCUUCGUCGCUUGUUAAAACAACUCUGACGAAUUGUCGCUCUGUUACGUUGGAUUCUGGAAGAAGAAAUUAUGCAGCCGAGGCAAUUACCAAAUCUCCCAAAUCGCUCUUUGAAUCCAACAUCUUGCGAAUACUUGGAAACGAAAUCGAGUAUCUGGUCGAGUAUACUCCUCCACAACAGGUUCUCACUCUCCUUCAACAAUUUUCUAGAGAAGAAAACAAAAUCUGCAAUUCUGGCAUUUUAGCGUUUCUGUUAAUGCUCUUUAGAUUCUGUUAUUAUCAGUUAUUUCUGUUAUUGGUCUCUUACCUGGGGAAGCGUGUUGGAUAUAGAAUCAUUCGUGUGUCCCUUCCCAACAGAUUACUUCNNNNGGUGGUAGUGAUGAGGGGUAGGUUUGAUGAUCGGGAAGAUAUCAAAGUUGAAGCUACCAUGUUUGAUGGGUAUGAACAUGUUCCUGUGGAGGACAGUUCUGCAACGAAUGUGCGUCUUCACCUUAGUUUACUUGUGGAUAUAUCAAAGGGGGACAGUGGCAAUGAGUUGGAGUUUAUCUGUUCAGCAUGGCCAGAUUGUUUAAAUGUGGAGAGAGUUUACAUAUUAAGGCAUAAACAGAUGUCAGCUAGGCCUUACCUGGGACCUGAUUUUAGGAGCCUAAAUCCUAAGGUUCAGGAAAAGUUUUGCGAGUACUUAGAUGCAAGAGGAAUAAAUCGUCAGCUCUCUACAUUCUUGCAUUAUUAUAUGCUGAACAAGGAUAAAAUUGAACUUUUGCGAUGGAUGGAUAGACUCAAGUCUUUUGUGGAAAAGUAGACCGGUAAGCUUGGCAGCUAAAAGUUGAUAUAAACAGUGACUUUUGCUGUUGUAUGAAUUAGUUUCUUGAGUUGAAGUUCUUUGAUAUUCUUUUGUUUGUAGUACUUGGCAUCAAUUUCUUUGUUUGAUGUGAAUACACCCUCGGGUUGUUAAACUAUAAUAUUUUGCAUUUGUGAUUGCAAUCCCAGUAGUUUAAAACUUUGAUGAUUA